AUGACGGAUAACAUCCCCCAAACCAUGAAAGCAGCAGUUGUCAAGGACUUCAAAAAAGGCUACGAGGUUCGUGACGUCAAAGUUCCAAGUGACCUCGGACCAAACGAUAUUAUCGUGAAGAUCGGAGCCGCAGGAUACUGUCACACCGACCUACAGGUGAUGGAGGGGGUCUACGAAUCCGAUGGCGCAAAGCCAGGCCUGAUAGGCUCCCAUGAACCAUGCGGGACGGUAGUGAAGAUCGGCUCAGAGGUUGAAAAAUCCAACAUCCACGUUGGCGACCGUGUCGGGUCCAUCAAUACCUAUGGAUUCUGUGGCAUCUGCAAUGCCUGCAAGAAGCAGGGUCAACAACUUUGUGAGAACAUGGUUGGCAUGCUCGGGCUCACGAUCAACGGCGGCUUUUCGGAGUACAUGAAAGCGGAUGCGCGUGUUGUUUCAAAGAUUCCUGCAUCGAUUCCGUUUGUCGAAGCAGCGCCACUCUUUUGCGCCGGUGCGACUGUCUAUGGAGCUCUUCUCGCGUCGGGAGUGAAGAAGGGUGACUGGCUUGCUAUUGUCGGUAUUGGAGGGCUUGGCCACUUAGGUGUCCAAUAUGCGAAAAUGAUGGGCGCGAAAGUCGUCGCCAUCGAUAAUCGAAAAGAAGGGAUCGAGACCGUCAAUUCCGUGCCCUCGCAUCUGAAACCAGACAAGACAUUCAUUGUUGACUCAGAUUCUGAGCAAGAUGUUAUCCAAGAGCUGCAAUCCUCAUUCUAUGAUUCAAACCCUGGUGUCGAUCGGGUUGUCAUCAACGCUGAAGCGCGUGGUCUGAUCAAGUUUUCGCAACAGUUCCUUCGAAAAGGAGGGACGUUGGUAGAUGUUGGUCUGCCGUCAGACCAAGUUUUAGAGCUUGAUCCAUUUGCGUUGAGCUUCAAGGAGCAAACUGUUAAGGGGCGGUUGAUCUGCACACCCGAGCAGUGUCAGAAGAUGAUUAACCUGCAUGCGGAACAUGCUUGCAAGACGCACAUUGAGAAGACUUAUCCUGUGGAUCAGAUUAAUGAGAUGUUUGAGCAUUAUAAGAGGAAGGAUCUGCGAGGGCGUUUGUGCAUGGUGUUUUAA